AUGCAGUCAUCAAAUGUUUUGGUACCAGCCGUGUCAGGAACAGUUGUAGGGUUGCUGGUGGUUGCCAUAGUUGUUGCUGUUGUGGUUCUUGUGGGCAGGAGGAGACGGAGGUUUCAAGAUAGCGAUGUGACCAAACACUCUGCACACUUCCGCCCUGAAGAGAAUGGCGCUUUGGCAAACGUAGUUCUGGAUGAGAACAGAACAGGCCACCAGAAGCCACCUAUAAAACCCAAACCUGCCCCACAAGCUGCAUCCAGCAAACAGCUGAGUUCGAAGAGGAAGGCCAUGAGGAAGAAGAUUUGGACGAGGAAGUUCAACCUCCUGACAGUUGUUACUACAACGCAGAAGCCGAAGACGCCAUCAGAGACGUUGCUGUGCCUGAACUUGCUGCAACUGUGGCGAUGCUUAAACAGAGGAAAGAUGGCGACUUGUGACUGGAUUCACAGCCACAUACCAAGACUCCCAGAGACCGAGAACAGUGGAAAAAACAGGUUCAGAGGCUACUACCCCUACGACCAUAACCGUAUCCGCCUGACCCCCCUCCCAGACACUCCUGGCUCGGACUACAUCAACGCCAGUCUCAUGCACAGUUACAACCAGGCGAAGACUUACAUAGCAGCUCAAGCUCCUAACAAGAACACAGUAGGAGACUUCUGGAGGAUGAUUUGGGAACAUUCCUGUAGCGCUGUGGUCAUGCUGACUGGUCUGGUGGAGGAGGUGAAGGUCAAAUGUGAGCAGUAUUGGCCUAACGCUGGUGUAAUGAACACUGAUCACUUCAAAGUUGAGGUGGAUGUAACCCAAGUCCGUGCGAGCUUUACAACGAGACACAUGAAAGUCACUUCCAAGACAACUGGAGAGAAUCGGUCAGUCAUCCAGUUCCACUUCACGUCAUGGCCUGACCACGGUGUACCUGACACCCUCGCUCUCGUCCACUACAUCUGGUUGGUCAGACAGACAGUUGCAGAGAGGGACGGACCACUGCUCGUUCACUGCAGUGCGGGUAUUGGGCGAACUGGCACAUACAUCGCCGUGGACUCCCUGAUAGACCAGGCCCGUGAGGAGGGGGUGGUGGAUGUCCUGGGGUACGUGACAGUCAUGAGGGGGCAGAGGAAGAACAUGAUCCAGACGGCGGCCCAGUACGAAUGUGUCUUCCACUGUCUGGUAGAGAUGACGACAUUCGGCUGCACCAGCAUGGACGUGUCCAGCUUCACCACCAGCUACAGCAACAGCGGCAUGGACACCACGGUUGACGGACGAACUCUCAAACAGUUGUCUCAGAUGCUGUUGUCUGAAACUCAAGAUGAUACUCCCAACAAACGCAGAAUGUGGGUGGAUGGUAACUCUGAAUUCAGUGUGCAUGUUGGACCGACUCUGACGUGUCAGAGGGGGUUCCUGCAAGCCCUUGCCCCACCCUCUAGAUUGAUGAAGUUGUUGUGGAAACUGAUAGAAGAGAACAACGUCCACAACAUCAUCGUCGUCACACCAAAUCUUGGCUUAGCUGAAGCAGAGGGCAGGUCCAAGACGCACGGGGGGAUCACUGUGACGACAACGAGUCACACAAACCUGGCAGUAGACCUUUCCAUGAUGAACCUACAGCUUGCCACAAAAGGAGGCAGGCCACGGAGGGUGAAGAUGGUCAACGCUGAUGCCCAACUGACCAUGGAAACUGUGAUAUCGCAUUUGUUAAACCACGUGGACCUGCAAGACAUCUCAACUCAGACCACCCCUGUUGUUGUCGUUCACAGCAAAAAACACGGAAAACUUGCUGUCUCGCUCUGCAUCAUGGGUAAUAUUCUGUCUGGUAUUCGUGAAGACACCCGUGUUGACGUCAUCGGUCACGUGAGGAUGUUCCUACGAUGUUGCCCUGAGCUACAGUUCACCCAGAGUGAUGUGCAAAUGUUUCAUGACUUUGCGCAGCAAUGUAUCCAGAGGACAGACCCUGCUAAUACCUAUGCCAACAUCCGAACUCACCAAGCUAGAGACCCACAUAACACAGAUUUUUCCAGUGUCUGAACAUGUCACUACGUCACAUAGAGGCAUUGCCUCUGUAUUUGUAACCUUAGCUUCAAACGCAACGGCAGGCUUAUAGGUAACAAGUAUGUUAUAUAUGAAUGUGUAUUGAUGCACGGAAAUUAUCUCUGUGCCAGCUCAUUCUAUUCCAGUGUUCUGCAACACGUCUAUGAACACACAAUGCCAUUUACAAGGUAGACAAAUGUAACAUGUGUUAUAAUAUGGAUUGUUGUUCCCGCAACGUGACGAUAAUUUAACUUAUCAAUUACACUGAAGCCCAAACUCGCAAGCUUACGUCGUCUACUUUUACAUAUACAGCACUUCAAACAUAUGUGAGUCACUCAGUUGUUGGCGAUCUAUAGCCCAUUUUUAUAUUGUGUUGUCCCCUAUGGUUAAAAUGUUUUAGAUU